CUGCAUGUUUGUUUUUUGUUUGUUUAAAAUACAAUUAUAUUCAGAAAAAUAUUAUUAAAGUAUUUUCACUUUCUUAGGAUUUAUCAAUGUUAAGAAUAUUAACGAACAUUGGAAAAACAAUAAAAACUUCUUCCUUUUUAACUCGCUCCCAUCAAUUACAACAAUCAAUGCCAUUUUAUGCUGUUGCGGCCGGUUGGGAAGUGGGAAUCUUCGAUACGUGGGCCAUAUGUGAAAAAAAAGUGAAAGUGUACUCCAAGCCAAUUUACAAAAAGUUCAAGACCAGAGAAGAGGCAGAAGCAUUUCUUAAAUCGCAUGGGGUAAGCGUUCCUUCAGCUUCAUCCUCAUCAAGCGGCUCGUACAAUCCUAAAGAAGAUGCGCUUCCAUUACCCAGAAAAGCAAAGAAGAAGAAAGACUUUAGUACUGAAAUGAAGAAACUUUUAAAGCAAAAAAACGAUAGCACAAACUACCGAAAAUGGGACUCAACUUCAGAGGAAAGUGGAAGUGAAGAUGAAACAAGACCACAACCUGUUGCUCCAGAAAUCAAGGAAAGUUGGCCAGAAGAUGUGGAAUGGGAGGAAGAUGACGAAGAUAUUUUGCUUGCUGCUGCAGCCGAGGUAGAAGGAAUACCAGAGAAUCCUCUAAAAAGAAAAAUCCCCAUCGAAUCUAGUUCAGGACCGAGUAGUUCAAAGAUCUUGAAAAAGUACUCACAUGAAUCGAAGAUUUGGGAACCGAUAGGUUUGAAGAAAAUUGGGGAUUUUGAAUUUCCCAUUGACUCGGAGGGUUUUGUGAUUGUCUACACAGACGGAUCUUGCAUAAAUAAUGGCAAAGCCAAUGCCGUUGCAGGUUUCGGUGUUUACUUUUCUGAAGGACAUGCUCUAAAUGCUGCAAAGCCAGUUGUCGGGAGAGUUACGAAUAAUGCUGGAGAAAUUCAAGCUGCCAUCUACGCCAUUCGUAUUGCUAAAGAUUUUGGCAUUAAAAAGCUAUGCUUAAGCACAGAUUCUCAAUUUCUUAUCAAUGCUGUGACGGCUUGGAUGAAAAAUUGGAAAAGAAAAGGUUGGACAUUGAAAGGUGGUGAACCGGUAAAGAACAAGGAAGAUUUUGUGAUAUUAGAUGGCUUGCUAGAUAAAAGCAUUGAAAUUAAAUGGAACUAUGUAAAAGGUCACAAGGGAAUCAUUGGGAACGAAAAAGCAGAUCAACUAGCUCGUCAAGGUUCAGCACUCUAUAAAUCUAUGAUAGGAAAAUGAUAUGACUGAAUCGUUUUAAUUAUUGGACCUAUUUACAUUUAAAAGCAUGAAGAUCUUAACGUUUAUUUUAUAAAGCUGUUUAAGAAUUUAAGAAAUAAAUUCCUACUCCACAUAGAUUCUUAUUACAUUUAAAUAAAAAGCUAGAGUAUUAAAAGAA